GUGUGGAGUAAGGCGUCCGAUCUGCCUCACGCGGCUGCGGCAUCUCUGACAGAUUCCAGCGGGAGUGACGGCGUCCGCGGCGGCGGCAACAUGGCAGAGACAGCGGCCGGAGUGAGCCGCUUCAAGGCCAACUAUGCCAUCGAGCGCAAGAUCGAGCCUUUCUACAAGGGCGGGAAGGUGCAGCUGGACCAGGCUGGGCAGCACCUCUUCUGCGUCUGUGGUACCAGAGUCAACGUCCUGGAAGUGGCUUCAGGGGCCGUGCUGCGGAGCCUGGAGCAGGAGGACCAGGAAGACAUCACUGCCUUUGACCUCAGCCCUGAUGAUGAGGUGCUGGUGACGGCCAGCCGGGCAUUGUUGCUGGCCCAGUGGGCCUGGCGAGAGGGCAGUGUCACACGCCUGUGGAAGGCAGUCCACACAGCCCCUGUGGCCACCAUGGCCUUCGACCCCACUUCCACACUGCUAGCCACAGGCGGCUGCGAUGGGGCCGUGCGCAUCUGGGACAUCGUUCGACACUACGGGACGCACCACCUGCGGGGCUCAGCGGGCGUCGUGCGUUUGGUGGCCUUCCACCCGGACCCGGCACGCCUGCUGCUCUUUUCCUCAGCAGCGGACGCCGCCAUCCGCGUGUGGUCCCUGCAGGACCGGUCGUGCCUGGCCGUGCUGACCGCUCACUACAGUGCCGUCACCUCGCUGGUCUUCAGUGCCGACGGCCACACCAUGCUCAGCUCUGGCCGUGACAAGAUCUGCGUCGUCUGGGACCUGCAGAGCCACCGGGCCGUGAAGACCGUGCCAGUGUUUGAGAGCGUGGAGGCCGCGGUGCUGCUGCCAGAGGAGCUGGCGCCUGAGCUGGGCGUGAAGUCCCCCCCGGGCCUGCACUUCCUGACGGCUGGCAGCCAAGGCUCGCUGCGCGUGUGGGAGGUGGCAUCCGGGCAGUGUGUGUACACACAGCCGCGGCUGACAGGCCCCGGGCAGGAGCUGACCCACUGCGCCCUGGCCCGCGCUGCCGGCCUGCUGCUCAGCGUUACUGCCGACCACAACCUGCUGCUCUACGAGGCCCACUCGCUGCAGCUGCGCAAACAGUUUGCCGGCUACAGCGAGGAGGUGCUGGACGUCCGGUUCCUGGGGCCUGAGGACUCCCAUGUGGUCGUGGCCUCCAACAGCCCCUGCCUGAAGAUAUUUGAGCUGCAGACGUCGACCUGCCAGAUUCUGCAUGGCCACACAGAUAUCGUCCUGGCCCUGGAUGUGUUCCGGAAGGGGUGGCUCUUCGCUAGCUGUGCCAAGGACCAGAGCGUUCGCAUCUGGAGGAUGAACAAGGCCGGCGAGGUGGCCUGUGUGGCUCUGGGCUCCGGGCACACACACAGCGUCGGCACUGUCUGCUGCUCUAGGCUGAAGGAGUCCUUCCUGGUGACAGGCAGUCAGGACUGCACGGUGAAAGUCUGGCCACUCCCUGAAGGCCUGUUGUCCAGGACCACCGCCCCCAGUGGGGGCCCCGUCCUCCUGCAGGCCCAGGCCACACAGCGCUGCCAUGACAAGGACAUCAACAGCGUGGCCAUCGCCCCCAACGACAAGCUGCUGGCCACAGGCUCCCAGGACCGCACGGCCAAGCUCUGGGCGCUGCCACAGUGCCAGCUGCUGGGCGUCUUCUCAGGCCACCGGCGUGGCCUCUGGAGCGUGCAGUUCUCGCCCAUGGACCAGGUGCUGGCCACGGCCUCGGCCGACGGCACCAUCAAGCUCUGGGCGCUGCAGGACUUCAGCUGCCUUAAGACCUUCGAGGGGCAUGACGCCUCCGUGCUGAAGGUGGCCUUCGUGAGCCGGGGCACGCAGCUGCUGUCCAGCGGCUCGGACGGGCUCUUGAAGCUCUGGACCAUCAAGAACAACGAGUGUGUGCGCACGCUGGACGCCCACGAGGACAAGGUCUGGGGGCUGCACUGCAGUCGGCUCGACCACCACGCCCUCACUGGUGGCAGCGACUCCCGCGUCAUCCUCUGGAAGGAUGUGACGGAGGAGGAGCAGGCCGAAGAGCAGGCCAAGCGGGAGGAGCAGGUGGUCAAGCAGCAAGAACUGGAUAACCUGCUUCACGAGCGGCGGUACCUGCAGGCGCUGGGCCUGGCCAUCUCCCUGGACCGGCCGCACACUGUGCUGACCGUCAUCCAGGCCAUCCGCAGGGACCCUGAGGCCUGCGAGAAGCUGGAAGCCACAGUGCUCCAACUGCGGCGAGACCAGAAGGAGGCCCUGCUGCGCUUCUGCGUCACCUGGAACACCAAUUCGCGGCAUUGCCACGAGGCCCAGGCCGUGCUGGGCGUGUUCCUGCAGCACGAGGCCCCCGAGGAGCUGCUGGCCUACGAGGGCAUGCGGGCCACGCUGGAGGCCCUGCUGCCCUACACCGGUGCGUGGCAUGGCCUGGGGUGGGCGGAGCAGGCACCGGGCCCCGGGGACCUCCUGACCCACCUCUGCACUCCCCCAGAACGGCACUUCCAGCGGCUCAGCCGGACACUGCAAGCAGCCACCUUCCUGGACUUCCUGUGGCACAACAUGAAGCUGUCCCCGGUCCCAGCUGGCCCCCCCGGCCCUCUGAGUCGUUCAUAA